AUGAGCGCGGAGAGCUGCGCGAAGGCCUCAGAGGAGCCUGGGUCGGCGGCGGCGGCAGCGGCGUCGGUGAGACAGAGGUUAGACAGUCCGCCAGUCUCCGUCCUCUUUCCGUGUACGCGGAUAUCCUGACGAGUCUUUCAGGAUUUUUAUUCCACAGGAUUUCUGUGAUUCGCUCGUGAGUUGUUGUCGGGUGUUGUUUCUGCGACCGCCGUGAUCAUCUGUGCCCGUUUUCGGUUCAGAAGAGGGUUGCCCUUGCUGUUGGCCAGUUUUCAUGGUCUAGGGUUUACGGAUUUAUCUUGAAAUGUUUUUAUUCGUGUGUUAGGUGAUUGAUUUAUGCUAAAAUUAAAAUGUACUAGGUGUCUUCGGCCGUUCUAGAAGCCUUUUUUUGCUUCCUAAUGUUCCGAUUCUUGAGAUGCUGCCCAUUGAUUAGCCACUCCCUUCCUCCCUCCUUCCCAGCACACGCGAAAGUAUGAUAUGUACUUAUUUUACGGUCUCGUGCCCUUGUGCAAUUCAUCGAAAUCCAAAUUCGUGGAAGAAAUAUUCAUCUGGUCCUAAUAGUCCGACCAGUAAUUAGGUUGAUUAUCUUUGCGUCUGUGAUAUUAUUACAGUUUCUGUCAUUGUGAUUUUUCGGCUCACAUGUUAAGUUUUCUGGGACCAUCGGUCAGAGAAAGCCUAGUGUUGUAAUUGUAGUCGUCAUUUUGGUCUCAGAAAAAAGAGAAAGUGGGAUCAACCUGCGGGAUCGUUGUUCUCCGUCGGAUUACCAGUGCCUGGGUCUCUCCCUUUUGAUAUUGGACCCCUUACUGGGAUUGGUAUCACGACACUUUCCAGUUCUUUGCUUAUGAGUACUGUGGCAGCGGUUUGCACGACUACGUCCCAGUUGUAUCACGCACCUGCAUUCCAACAAAAUGCUGCUGCAAUGAUUCAGAAGACGAAUCAAGUGAGUUAUCGGAUGAAAACACGCAAGCUCGGAAUUUUAGUACAAAUAUCCUCAUGUGUUUCCUUCUUUGUGAGUUCUCUUUGAGCAAAUUAAACCACUGGGUCAUCUAUGAAACUUAGAGUACUUCGUCGUUUCAUCUCAUAUUCUUGCAGGUGUUGAUAUGUUUAAUGUCAGAGUUGUCUUGCUAAAUGGAGGCACUGUUUUCGAACGUGCAUUAUCUCUGAAUAAUGGCAGUGUAGGAUUUCUGUCCGGUGAGGGUAGUGGCUUGAUGAGGAAGGGUGGCCUUUUUUAGGUUCAGGUGCCCCCAUUUCGGCAGGACACGUAACUUAGUUGAUUUAAUUAAUGUCCCCAUACGUGUAAUUUGCAUUCUAUUUUUUCUUGUAAAACGAAGGAUUGAAUAAGUACUUGUCAACAACUAAUUUCAGUUAUCAGAUUUCCAGAUUAGGGAUCAGCCUUCAUUUUAGUAAAUACAGGUGCCAGCGGGGACUGUCUCCUGGGAACAAGGGUUUGCAGUAAUGGAGUGAAUCACAUGCAGUGAAAAUGAUAUAGAAAUUCUCACGCAGGAAAAAAAAUGUACUCAGAUGCUAAUUGAAAUAGGAAAAUUAUUGAUGGAAGGUCUGGAAAAUUUAGUUUUUUCUCUCAUAAAGUUGCUUUAUGCCUAAGUGCCUGGCCUAGGGAUCAAUGACUACUAUUCUGAGUUGUGACGACAAAGUGUAUCUAUACUGUACAGCUACAAUAUGAUCAUCCAUGUUUCAUUUCACAUGUCCCACUUUUUGAGUUUUCCUAUCUCAGUCAAAUAUCUUCGGAAAAACUACUCAAAACUACAUCAGUCAGCCUCCCCUGUCAGAGCUCAUAGAUGCUGAAAACUGACAGCAUUAUAGAAUUUGUCAUGAAGAAACAUUCUUAUCCAUCUUUACAUUGCCUUCAACUGUCUCCAUCUCCUAGUCAAGCUUGUGGCCCGAGUUACAUGACCGUACUCUCUCUCUCUCUCUCUCUCUCUCUCUCUCUUCCUCUUUCUCAAACAACCCAAGAAGCCUUAGUUGCUUGCUGGUCCAGAAAGCAAGAGGGUACACGCUGCAGAUAUUAUCACCUUUUGAUGGUGCUUAUUUUAUUCUUAUCUUGGAUCAUGUGCCUAUAUAUUCCUGUUGUGCGUUGUACUGAGAUUUUUUUCUACAGAAGUGCGACCGUAAUCGGAAUAUCGAAUCAGCAGAUGAUAAUGAUCGUACACUUUCUUUGUUCAAUGCUUUGUGCAAUUCACCUUGAGGUUUUCAAGAUAUGUAUUUAUGUUUUACAUCUUCCAAUGGAACUUCUCUCCAAUUCAUCAAAAUGUUGAUCCUUAAUUUGUUCCAAAGUGUAAGGAUUGUAAUUUAAUCUGUUUUUUCCUAGUUGAAUAAAUGCAUUCUGAAGGUAUUAAUUUAUUUUUUUCCUUUUAUUGCAACGUUGUUCCUCAUUGGGCAAAUUUCAGCCAAAGAUCCAAGAUGAGUUAAUUGCGCGUGAAAUUGUCAUCAAUGAUGCAGAUGCUUCUGUUCGGUCCAAACUUACAAAACGUCAAAUGCAAGAAGAGGUGAGGCAGUUGAUCCAGUGGUUAUAAUGUUUUUUAGAAUUGAUCUGCUGCAUUAGAAUUUUUUAGAUUAAAUUCCAUUGUUAAAUCUAUGUUUUUCAGAUUCAAAAAUCCACAGGUGCCGUCGUCAUAACUAGGUGAGUGUUUUCCUGUGAGUGUCCCAGCCUUAUGGCCUCUUACAAGAUAGCACUCUUGAUCUCUCAAUUGCACAGGGGGAAGUAUCGUCCUCCAAAUGCAUUGCCCGAUAAUGAAAAACCUCUGUAUCUUCACAUUUCUGCAGGGGCUCAUGUAAGUAACGUCCGAAACUUCCAGUAUCAUUAUUCAUUUGUCAAGACUGCAAUUCUUGACAAAUAAACAUGAUCUUCUUUUAUUCCAUUGUUCUACCUGAUGAUCCAUCUGUUCUGUUGUGACAAGGCUCACCAUAUUUCUUAUCGUUUAUUCUUUUCUCACAUGAUCUCCGCAUCAAAGAAACUUUUACUCGGUAAUGCUUGAGUUUAAAUGUUUCUGAAAAUUUUCAAUAAAAAAAGAUAUUAAAUGAUGGGUAAUCUCCAUAGAUUAGGUUAAUUUACUUUCUCAAUAUCAGCGAGUAUGGAAAAAAGAAGGGUAACUUACCUCAUGAAGAUGGUUGUAAAUGACUGCUCUUUGGGUAGGAACCUUUUUACAUGCAUUUAUAUAAUGAUACGUACAUUAUACGUUGUGAUUCCCUCCCUGCUCAAUAGCCACUAUGUUCCAUGGCCAUGCAUGCAUAGCUCUUUUCCCCAUUCAAAAUUCAAUUACCUUGCGAUGAUAACUUGUUUUCAGAGUGUUCGGCUGUGGAAAUAAACUCAUUUUGGGACUGUAGACCUUGUACCAAAUUCUAGGUGGUUAUCAAUCAGUUUUCUCAAGUUUUUGAUUGUGUCAAUAAGACAACUGCAAAGGGGGAAAGAUGGAUCCUACUGUUAACACGUUACCUAUUCAUGAAGUUUGAUUCCUUCCCUUCAGAAAUUUACAAUCUCGUGGAUCUUCUUCAAUGUGUAGCUAAAAGAUACUGCUGAACGAAUCAAAGCAGUUGAUCGAGCAGCUUCUAUGGUUGAAGAAAUUUUGAAGCAAGGCCAUAGCUCAUCUCUAGUCUCAACCUCAUAUUCAACACUCAACAAUGGAGGACAGGUAAAAUGAUCUUGUGUUAUAGGCACAUGACAAUCUGGAUUCGAAGACCACAAUGAUUGAUAUUAUUGUGAUCAUUAUAGGUUUUUCAACCCCUGACUAGAUGCUUAUAUCUUGGUUUUGAUGUGGAUCCUUCAGUAAACAUUGCAGCCCGCAUCCGGGGACCAAAUGUAUGUUCUCUUAUGAAAAUAAAUCAUGUUUUACUUCUCCUGAACUCGGGCUUUUUCGCUCUUGAUUGAAUUAUAUAAGUUUCUUUGUUCUCUUUUCUCCUUCACUAUACAAAUCUAUGCACUAGCUUAAACCCUUUAUUGUUUCUGUUGAUCUAAUCUGCUAGCUCUCCCUGACAUCUCCAUAUGGUUGGGAGAGAUUGUUUUUUCUGCUGGUGGUGGUUUGGAUUUAUACAUGCAGGACCAGUAUAUAAAUCACAUCAUGAAUGAAACAGGAGCAACUGUCACGCUAAGGGGACGAGGUUCCGGAAAUGUUGAAAUCCCAACUGCUGGAGGUAAAACGGUUAAGUUGCCAUCUAUCAUUUUUUACACAUGUACUCAAUUGUUUGUCCCCUUCCUCUCUAAUUGCAGAGACAGAGCAACCACUGCAUUUAUAUCUUUCGAGCAGCAAUCAAAAAAGUCUUGAAGAUGCGAGAAUCCUAGCAGAAAACCUUUUGGACACAAUUUCUCUAGAAUGUGGUGCCUCAAGGUUAGUGAAAAUAACCACUUUGGUGAAUUGCUCUUACUUUGUAUCUUUCGUUCCUCCAUAUAUUUUUUUGGAUAUUUGACUAGAAUAUUGUGAUUUUGUUCCUUAAAAAGAGAAGCAUGACGCAUGAAUGUUAUGAAAUGUGUAAUGAAGAUAGGUGUCGCUGCCUUGAUAAGUCGCUGCCACACAUUUCUUUAAUUAUUCUUUUUUUGGCAGGGUGCCACCAUCUAAGGUUUAUAAAGCAGUUCCUCCCCCCCGGCAGUUGUUGGAUGGUGUUGAAUGUUCAGAAAACGUAAAUGGAAGUUCAGUUCCUGCCACAGUAUGCCCCUCCAUUGAUGCCACAGCUGGAAAAUUCUCAAGUGCAUUACCUGUUUCCUCAGCAUCCACAGUCUGUCUUCCUGGGACUUCAUUAAAUGAUGGGGUGACAAAUUAUGGUUCUCAACAAACUAACAUCUCUUCCUAUUCACCGUCAUCAAUAUUUGGAGGAGCUAACUAUAGUGGGUACGGUGGAAUCUAUCCCCAAGCCACACCGUUGCAGCAAGUUGCUUUAGCUCUUAGAAGACCACCUGUUUCCACUGCUUCCUCUCCUACGGUGACAUCUCCCCUCCCUGCGACCAUGUCUGCUGGCACAUCAUUAAAGACGACAUUGAGUUCAGGUGCAGAACCUGAUAAACGCCCACAAAGGAGGAAGUUUCAGGAGUUGCCAGUUGCUUCAAAUGGGCCCCCAAGAUUACAUCAGGUAUGUCUAACAUCCUCUUUGAGGCAGUUUUUUAAUGCUCUAUGCUGACAAAUGCAAGUGGGCUAAGGAUAUGCAUCCUUAGCGAACUUGAGAUGGAGGGUAAUUGCCAUCACCGGUUUUUCUUCUUUGUGUAACAUAGUCGAUUUGUUGGAAUAUUAAGGUUCUUUGUUAAUCGUCUUCUUUUUCCCUCCAAAGAAGGAAUUCAUUUCAAAGGUUUUGCAGACACAUUCAGAUAGCUAAGCAGUCAUUUGACAGUCCAAAUCGACAAUUCGCUCAACCACAUUAGAUAUCGUUUAAAUUAUCACAUCUAUUAAUUAUGGGUGCUAGUGUGAGAAGUGAAUAUUGGUUGGGAGUGGAUUAAAUCUUCAUUCAUCAAAGUUCCAUUUCGCUAAUGGGGAUAUAAGAAAAAGUGAUCUCUCUGCAAUAAAUUCCCUAGACCAUGGUGGGCUUCCAACACUAUUUUGCCAUCUGAUGUACGAUGGAUCCACGGUUCUUGUCCACUCCAGAUGCUGCCUGACAUCUAUAGGAUGGUGAUUUUGAUGGUUUGAAAUCUAAAGAAUCCUCAAGUUUGUUUUCUUUGAUAGACUGUAAUAGUGAAUGAACCCUUCAGCACAUCAUUAGUUGGUGUCGGAAAUAAUUAGAUUUCAAACUUUUUCAUGUUAGCCUCAGGAUAAAUUUCACUGUGCUUAUUAAUUAUUUUCUUAUCUUGUCACUGAAUUCGAAGAUUAUGUUUGAUGUCUUAUCCUCUUAAUUUAAGUGCUAAUUUUUCUACCAUUGUUCCAGGUAUUUUCUCUGACCUCUGAAGCUGACAGGCUGGCACUGGGCCUGUCUUUCGGUCCCUUGGUUUGCAUGUUUCACAGGGUUUUCAAGUCGGAGUCUUCCCAAGAUCGUGGUGCUUGCUAUUGGUGCAGCCUUGGAGAGUCCACAUUCAUUCCUCAGCUUUAG